CUUUAAUCGCGGAUUAAUUAUCAAUUCAGAAGGAAUACAACUUUCUGAUUUUAUAACAUAUGAGCUUAAACCGCAACAUGAAAAUAAUUUUAUACAAAACACAUCUUUUCAUGCAAAAUUAGUGAACUCAAAAACAAAAAAAGAAACAUUUUUGUUUAAAAAUCACGUUGAACUUUCUAUUGAUGAUUUACAGCAUGUUUGCCAGGUAUUUAAUACUGAUGAGGCUAUAAGUUCUGCCAUGACCUUUUUAACAGAUGAAUCUCCUACAAAUGAUAUCUUUUUAAUGAUACAAUAUACGAAAGCUGAAUUAAUUAUUAAAAAAGAAUCAAUAAGACCGUCUGAUGAAUUAACUUAUAAAGUAAAAGAAACUCUAAAACACCAUGACUCUUAUCAGAAAUUAAUGAAUAUAUUUAAUAGUUAUGGCCAUUUUUUACCAAGAAGGAUAACUCUUGGCCAUAAAAUAUAUAGAAUGACUUAUUUGUCUGUAGACAACAAUUCAUUAGAAUGUAACGACAAAAAUAAUGUCGUAAAAUGGACGAGUCUUGAUGAUUUUUCAGAGAGUAAAUUUGAAAAUAUCUUUAGUCGAUGGGAAAAAUUCAUGAAUUCUUAUAAUUUCGAUUUAUCUUACUUUGUAUCAAUCAAUGGUGAAUUUAUUAUGAAAAAUAAACUCAAAGAAUGGAUUAAAUUUUGUUUAGAGAGCGAUCUUGAUUUAUCACAAAUUAUUAGCUGCAAAGAACUAUAUCCGUUGUACGAAAUUUUCGACCUACCUCUUCGCCAAGAAAUUGAAGUUGCUCUUGGAAUUAAUAAACAAAUUGAAUCUAUUCUCAGAAUUAAUAAUCAAACUGAGUCUAUUAGUAGUAAUGGUAUUAAAGAAAGAGUCCUUAUGACAGGAAUAGUACCCAUUAAAGAUCCUCCCUAUUCGUAUAGCAUAAAUUUUCCGGUUCGUUUUAAAUCCAAUAACUAUCAAGUUUUUGGAAAGUUUAUUACACGAGAUGAUGUACCAAUUGAUGAGAUUACUAUCAAAUUUGAUUUUAUGGACACAUAUGGAUUCUUAAUUUUUAUGGAAAAUAAUGAGUUGGCAUAUAAAGAUCCCAAAAUUGUUUGGAUACUAAUUGGAAUACCUGCUGAAAUUGGAUAUUUUAGCACAGCUACACGAAAAAUAAAUGUACUAGGUUCAGGUAGUGAACCAUUUGCAUUAAAGCCAAAUAAUUACGUUGUACUAAAAGUUACAGAAUAUUUACCACAAGAUUCAGUUAUUGUUGCUUCAUUUAAACAUCCACCUUCAAAUUAUGAACCAAAUUUCAUAGCUGAAGUACAAAGUUAUCAAGAUAAUAGAAUUUUACUUAAUAUACAUUGUCUUAAUUAUGAAUCUUCUGACAGUGAAGAAAGCAGUGAAGAUUACGGUGAAGACAAUAGUGAAGAUUACAGUGAAGAAUAUAUUGAAGAUUACAAUGAAGGAAAUAAUGAAAAUUCAAAAAUUUUUCAUACUAAAAUGAAUGAAAACAUGGAAUCUUCAGGUUUUUCAAAAGAUGGCGUUAAUGAAGAAGGUUCUAAUAGCAAAUAUAUUGAUGUAAAUGACAAGAAACCUGCUAGUAAGGAUGCUUUAGCAGUUAGUGAAAAUAUUAAUAACGAUAAAAACAAUUAUGUCGAAGAUAACCUUGUUACUAAUAAAUCUGAAGAGCAUCUUGAACGCAACUAUGUAGAAGACAGCAACUUUAUUGAUGAUAGAUAUGAAGAUUUUGAUAGUAAUGAUAUAGAAAUUGCUGAUUUUGGAUAUGAUGAAAGACCUUCUGAAAAAAGCCCAAAAUAUUUAAUGCAAUGGUUUAUCCUCCAAAAUUCGGAUACAACUAAUUCAUUUAAAACAAUGAACUACUUGAACAAAAUAGGCCAAGAAGAUCCUAAAAAAAUUGAUUUUGAAGUCGGAAUUGCAAUUGAUAAAUUAGAAAUAUCCACCAUAAAAGAUAAAAU